UAUACCUAGGUAUGGACACAAGACUCUAUCCAUAUAUCAGAGAACCAUUGGAAGACUUCACCCUAAGAAGUCACGCCUGUCUGAUACCACAUCUAAAGAUGCCUGCUUAUGCCCGUUCUUCCAACAACGAGAAAUUGUUCACGCGUCCCUUGGGAGUCAACGAAAAAUAUAUACAUAUCGUUUCGAAGUUAACACCGUCACCUGAGCGCAGAGGCUGGUACAUCAACUCCUUUGCUACACUCAAACCACGAGGUACCCUUACUUGCAGCUCGCUCCCCGCCAUCCUCCGCAAAGCCUGGUGCCAUCUUCGGUAUCAACAGCCUAGCAUCGCAGCAUAUCUCACUGCUGACGAGCAAAAUCUUGCAUACGAUGUGCCCGACGCGAAAGAUCGGGAAGAGUGGUUGAGUCAAAGUUUCAUUGUCGACAGAGAGUCUGAGAAUGCUCGAGCAGUCAUACGAUCGCCAAGAAUCCCCUUGUACUGGACUUGCACCUUUGUCGAGAAAUCACAAGAGGUUUUAUGCUAUACAGCGCAUUGGCGUAGCGACGGCAUAGGAGCCCUGCAACUUCUCGAUUCUCUCUUUGCUCUCGUUGCCAAUGCCGGACUGCAGGACCCAGAAGAAUUACCAUGGGGCGAGGAAGUUGGCAGGCUGGCGCUCAACAUUGAGGACAUCGCAGAAGUUCCAGUAGAUGCCAAUGCCGAACACACACAAUUCGCAAAAAAGUGUUUAGAGACCUUCGCGCUGACGGAGGGCGCGGUCGGAAUUCCUUACCUGGAUGCGGAAAUGCCUGGGGGAACGCAGCUUGCGCGUACCACUUUUUCUGAGGAGACUACAAAGAAGGUGAUAGCAAAGUGUAAAGAGAAGGGGUUCAGUGUUACCUCCGCAGUCAACGCCUCCGUUGCAGCCACCAACUGGUCUUUUGCAGCCGCCGAUCGAAAGAAUCAGCACUACACUUCUACGGCACGCUUCAGUUUCAAGCCAUAUAUUCCCUCGCCGUACAAUGGCCCCGCUUACGCUUCCGCUUUAUUAACUACAGGCUGGAUGAUAUCAGUAUCCCCCGAUCAGUCAUGGGAAGACCAUGCUCGAUACUAUCAUACCAUAUACAAAGCUGGUUUAUCUCGCAAGUUCAUUGAUUCGUAUCGCGUAUAUGCAGGGGCUAUCUGUGACGCAGUCGCGCAAGCCCCCAAAGUAGUGAGUGCUGCGGCUGAAGUCGACAUCAGCAGUCUCGGAAUAGUUGAGAAGUAUCUGGAGAGAGAUUAUGGAAGUGGCGAUUGGGGACUAGAGAUCCUCGAUGUUGGCGAGGGCGUUGAGACUUUAGGACGUUCUUCAGGGCUCUUUGUGUGGACAUUCGGAGAUCGACUGGUAUUUAGUUUGGCUUUCAACGAGCGAUUCCAUGAAAUGGAGCAGAUGGAGGCAUUUGUGAAAGCAGUCGAAGAGAACUUGGUAAGGGAAUUGUUGAUAGAUUGA